AUGGACACUAAUCAGUCGCAGCACGCUUCGAUGGGACCGCCAUUGAGCAGCCCGAAUGGAGAUAGGCAAGGGGAACAGCCGCAGCAACAUGGACAGAGCGAGCAGCAACCGACGUCUCCUACAAGUGGAGGCGGAUCACACCCUGUUGGAGCUGCAGCGGCAGCGCAGCAGCCAAAAGUAGUUCAAACUGCAUUUAUACACAAGCUAUACAACAUGCUAGAAGAUCAAAGUAUCCAGCACCUCAUAUCAUGGUCCAACACGAACGAGAGCUUUGUCAUGUCUCCAUCCUCGGAGUUCUCGAGAGUCUUAGCACAAUAUUUCAAGCAUACCAAUAUAUCCUCAUUUGUUCGGCAACUGAACAUGUAUGGUUUUCAUAAGGUCAGCGAUGUAUUUCACACCGGAUCGCCCGACUCACCACUCUGGGAAUUCAAGCAUGGUGCUGGCAAUUUCAAGCGCGGCGAUCUCGUCGGGCUGAGGGAGAUUAAACGCCGAGCUAGUAGACAUGCACUUAUACAUCGCGACUCGUUCUCAACUGCACCCAAGAUGCCAACUCCUCAGCCGCCCGGAACACCGCUCGAGCAGAUGCCAGAUCCAGUCGAGGCACGUUUGCAGAUGCUGGAGUGGAACUUUCAGGAUGUCUACGCUAAGCUGUCCAGGACCGAAGAAGCCUACAUGGAUGUCUCAACCAAAUAUCAGACGCUCCUUGACGGGCUUGCCAGAUGCCACCAUUGGGGCAAUGAAAUUUCUUCGCACCUUCUCACGGUAGUGCCCGAUCCGGAUAAUCCCGUUCACAGAGACGUUUUUGCCAUGCGACAAGAUAUUCGGCAACACCUGGAGCAGCUGCGGAACGCAGAGCCUCCCCAACCCCAACCGCACGAGUCACCAUUCCCACACAAACAGUCCUUCUUCCAGCCGAACAACAAUCAGAUGGAGCCAGCUGUACCAAUGUCGCCUCGGCAGCGACCGUUUGAUGAGUCUCGCCGGCCUUCACUGCAAGGACUUCCCCGACCCCCAGGAGUACGCGUACCUGUUCCACCCUACCUUCAAGCGUCGCCUCGCCGAUAUGGCUCCAUCGGAAGUGGAGGAAACGGCUCAUACUCGCCUUCGUCAACUCGACCAUCUUACGCGCACCCACCGCCCCUUCCACCUUCAGCGCAUCAGCAGCACCCUCUCGCCACAAUGACAUCCCCGCCCUCGAGCCUCCCUCGACGCCACACCUCUGCCGAUAUUCGUCAGGCACAAGCAUGGGAGGGCAAUCAGCCACCACCGCCGCAGUAUCAGCAAGGUACAUCACCAUAUGCAUCUGGACAAUCAUCUGGCGCUUGGCCUUCUUCGCCACGAACUGCCGCCAACCCUGGUGACCAGCAGAUUCGUGAUACACUAGCCAACUAUCAGCUGCCGGGCGUUUCAAACUCUGGAUCACGACAUCCGUCUCCAGGUCCGCACGACAACCACCCUCCCAGCUUCACAACCAGCUUCCCGCCCAGCUACGCUAACCCUAACGAUGCUGGUUGGCAGCUGCCUGGCGCGAGAUUUCCCUUCAAGGGCCUGGAAACGCCUGGCGCACCAAGUCGCAGAAGCAGUAUGGCAUCAAAUGUGCACUCCCUGCUUAAUCCUGCAGAUACAGCCGAACGAGAAGGCGAGGAUGAAGGGGGACCAGACUCAUUGAAGAGGAAACGACUACUAUGA